GGACACACUCCGCGGACAAUCGGGGGGCAAGUGAUCCUGGGUCGACAGGUCUGCCAACGGGCCUUCAGAUCUCUGAUUGGGCUUGGCACCGAGCGCUAUGCAAAGUUGAAGAGAGCAGCUUUGGAUGGCACUGCUCCACCGGGAGACGGCCGCUGCCUCCCAAGAAAGCUUUUGCUGAAGACACAGAAGGCAUCGAUCGACAAGCGAAGUGCUAUCGCUGAGUUUUUGGAACAGCUGUACAACACCUUGAGUGAGCCAACACCUACUGUGCUUCAUAGUGACACUCAGUUUGUGAAGCCUAAGCUUGGUAAGCGCAAGCGGAAAGACGAGUCUGCUGAAGUCAAGGCUGAAGGUAUGGGGCCUGUUAAGCAGGAAGAAGUGCCAAAGCCAUUGAAGUUCCACAGGUUGCGUGGGCGUCGGCCACGGAGCGCAAGAAUUCUUUGCAGAGGCAAGGGGGGUUCGCAACUUCGGCUACUACCACCCGGCACGUUCACGGACUAUCUAGUGAUGUUCCGUGCCAAGCGGCCUGACAUGAAGUCAGUGAGCUUGAAACUGUUCACGAACGUGUGGGGGUUGGCCUUUGGGCACAAGCUGGCCAUCAGGCCGGCUGGCACUCAUGCCCAAUGUGGAAUUUGCGUUCGACACAAACUUCUGCUGAAGAAGUUGACAAAUGACCGAGCUGCAAAACAGCGUCAGCUGGAAGAAUAUGAAUCCCACUUGGAUCGCCAGUACAGAGACCGAUCACUAUAUUGGUCAUCACGUGGGCUUUCACGACUGAGCAUCUUGCCGGAUGGCAAUCGGUCAGUGACAAUUGUCACUGACGCAAUAGAUCAUUCGAAAUUUCGCUAUCCCAGGAGUCAUGCUGUCGCUGUCUCGAAGGAACUGUCGGGCUUUAUACGGCCGUCGAUGGACCUUUCUGCCGUAUUGGCCCACGGCCAAUCAAUUGCACUGUACAUGUCAGAGCCAUGGGUCCGCAAGGACAGUUCAUGGUGCAGUGAGAUACUGUGCCACACACUGACCAUGCUCCCAUUCGACCUCCGCGAGACGGAGAUUGUGCUGCAGGCUGACAACUGCAGCCGGGAGUGCAAAAACAAUAGCUUAACCCGGAUUGCAGGCCUUUUAACAGGCAUGCGUCGUUGCAGGCGUUUCGAGAUGCGGUUCCUGGCCACGGGCCAUUCCCACGAAGACGUGGACCAACUAUUCAGUACAAUGGCAGCUGCUAUUGAACGUUGCCCUGAGGUACAUGUUCCAAGUCAGUUCCAAGAUCUACUGGAAUCCUGGCUUGCGAAUUCAGGGGUCCGUCCACAUGAGCAAUCCUUCAGGAAAGUGUUCAAGGUCGACCAAGUCCGCGACUGGCGCACCUGGCUGUUGUUCGCCUGCGAGGAAAACCACCUUGCAGGGAUCACAGGACCUGGCGCUCCUCACCUUUUUGCCUUCGACAGAAGAAGCGAUCUUGGAGGCCCGUUCCGAGCGGCGUUUUUCUGUUUCGGUUCACGCUCAAAGCUGCUGGGUUGA